CUGUGUAAUGUCCCCUCUGCCUGCAGACACACAGGAUGAAAUGUGACAAGGCGUCCGGCAUCAUCGAGAUGGUGAUGGAUCGCUUCACUAUUGAGAAUGAGGGCACCUACACCGUGCAGAUUCACGAUGGCAAAGCCAAAAACCAGUCUUCCCUGGUCCUCAUCGGAGACGCCUUCAGGAAGGUGCUGGAAGAGGCUGAGUUCCAAAGGAAAGAAUUCCUCAGGAAGCAAGGCCCUCAUUUUGCUGAGUACCUGCACUGGGACGUCACAGAGGAGUGUGAGGUCCGGCUCAUCUGUAAGGUUGCGAACACCAAGAAGGAGACGGUGUUCAAGUGGCUCAAGGACGACGUUCUGUACGAGACGGAGACGCCGCCCGACCUGGAGAAGGGCGUGUGCGAGCUGCUCAUCCCGAAGCUGUCCAAGAAGGACCACGGCGAGUACAAGGCGACCUUGAAGGACGAGAGAGGUCAGGACGCGAGCAUCCUGGAAAUAGCGGGCAAAGUGUACGAGGACAUGAUCUUGGCCAUGAGCAGAGUCUGUGGGAUGUCGGCUUCUCCCCUGAAGAUCCUCUGCACCCCGGAAGGGAUCAGGCUGCAGUGUUUCAUGAAGUACUUCACCGAGGAGAUGAGAGUAAACUGGUACCACAAAGACGCCAAGAUCUCGUCCAGUGAGCACAUGCGCAUUGGGGGCAGUGAGGACAUGGCCUGGCUGCAGAUCUGCGAGCCCACGGAGAAGGACAAAGGGAAGUACACUUUUGAGAUUUUCGAUGGCAAAGACAACCACCAGCGCUCGCUCGACUUGUCGGGACAAGCGUUCGACGAAGCCUUCGCAGAGUUCCAGCGGCUCAAGGCUGCGGCGUUCGCGGAGAAGAAUCGCGGCAAGGUGAUUGGCGGUUUGCCCGACGUGGUGACCAUCAUGGAAGGCAAGACCCUGAACCUGACCUGCACGGUGUUUGGGAACCCCGACCCCGAGGUGGUGUGGUUCAAGAACGACCAGGACAUCGAGCUCAGCGAGCACUUCUCCGUGAAGGUGGAGCAGGCCAAGUACGUGAGCCUGACCAUCAAGGGCGUGACCUCCGAGGACUCGGGCAAGUACAGCAUCAAUGUCAAGAACAAGUACGGCGGGGAGAAGAUCGACGUCACCGUCAGCGUGUACAAGCACGGCGAGGCCAUCCCCGAGGUGGCGCCGCCCCAGCAGGCCAAGCCCAAGCUCAUCCCCGCGUCCGCCUCCGCCACGGCCCCGUAGGGCGUGGAGAGGCCCUGGUCCUGGUGCCGCGUGACAGCAGGCCACGGGCCACCGCCAUGCUUCUAGGUUUUGCGUUUGAUUUUCGUUUUACGCCCGUCUGUUUGCCCCAGGCUCUGUACUCAUGGUUCCUGGUGGAACGCGGGGCCUGAGCUCAGCGCCCGGCUCAUGGCCGCGUGGGGGCGACUCCGGGCCGUGCAGUGCGUGGCUGAGUGUGCCAAGCCGCCGUCCACCCCGGGCAGCUGCUAAGGCCCACAGUGGCCCUCGGAGCAGGCACUAGCCGGUCACACGUGUGUCUCCUGCUGUAGGCUAAUAAAGCAUCACAAGGCGCCGGGCUGUGGUGUCCCCAGCCCUCACUA